AAUGCAUAUUUUUCAUUUAGUUUUAUAAUUAUAAUUAAUAAAUAUUUUUUUAAAUGGAUUUAUUAUCGAUUGGUCGUAGAACUGCAAAUUGGUUAGUAAUCAUUUCUUUAUCAGUGAUUUUCUAUAUUUUUGGCAAAGUUUUACCAUCAUUUAAGCAAGGAUUUUUCUGUGACGAUGAAACAAUUAAAAAGCCAUAUGUGUCUCAAGAAACAAUUCCAUUUUCUGUUCUGCUUCUUAUUUCGACAGGCUUAAUAGUUUUUGUGGUAUGUCUUACUGAUUGUAUUAACUUCAUCUAUUGGAAAAAGAAAAAUGCAAUAUGUGAGGACGUUAUUGAAACAACGUUAUGCUGCUUUAAGAUAAGCAACUGGAUUUCAAGGCUUAUCAAGCGUCUGUGGUUGAUUUUAUGUGGCGCUUUAAUUGUUAAUAUAAUUACCAACAUUGGAAAAGUUAUGGUUGGUAGAUUGCGUCCACAUUUUUUAACUGUAUGUCAACCAGAUUAUAGCAAAUUUAAUUGCUCAAGUGGGUAUAUUACUUCAGAUGUGUGCACUGGAGACAUUAAAAAAGUUAUUGAAGCCAGAAAAUCUUUUCCGUCUGGCCAUACUUCAUAUGCAAUUUUUGUUGCAGUGUUACUGUCACUGUAUAUAGAAUAUGUUGUUGUAACUUCUCAAAUUUAUUUGUUGAAACCAUUUGCACAACUCACAUUAAUUUGUUUGGGACUCGCAUGCUCGUUUACUAGAAUAUCAGAUUAUUUUCAUCAUUGGUCAGAUGUUUUAGCUGGAUUGAUUAUUGGUACAUUAUUGGCUUACUAUACGAUAUUUUAUUUGAUGAAUCUACCUCAUGAAGAGAAAAUGGUCAGAAAUGCAAGAAUAAAUAGUGCUAACGAUUAUCAUGACCUAGAAAUUGGUUCAUUGAAAAACUCUUCGUCAAAUUAUCAAAGUGAUGAAUAAAAAAUCAUUUUUUUGCAUGCUUGAUUAUAGUUAAUUAUAAUACAUGUAAUUUGUAUUUAAGUGGAUCUUUACUUAAGUUUGUUAUUAAAUCUAAAUAAAUACAAUACUAUAUUAUAAUAUUGUAUAAGCAUAUUGUGAAUAUUGUUGAUAUUGAAUUGUAAUUUGUUUCUGUUUUUUAAUUUUUUAUUAAAGAUACCAAUCUAAUGAA